AUGGCGUUUGUCCCGGGACUGUACACUAUAUCAGAACGACCCGACCAUAAAUAUGGACCCAGCAGACACCAUGACGAGCUGGACGAACUGGUCUUGGACCUUUGGAGCUUGCGGGAGUGUUGGAGGACAGCCAGCAGUGAACAGUCCAAGCAGACAGCCAUAGCUGGUGCACUUUUUGCUGUGUCCUCCAAGCCCUGGCUGGGGGACUCUGUUCCUGAGUGGACCAAGGACUUUUUGACUGCUCCCCAUCCUCAGCAUGAUUCCCGCUCCAAACCCAUUCCUCGGCACCUGCCUGGCUCUUGGUGGUCCUCACAGUCAUCAGACUGCACCUGGUCUGCCAGUCAUCUGCCUGCAACCCGUCCUGUCAGUCAUCAGCCUGCACCCCAGCCUGCUGGUCCCCAGCUAAUAUCCCUGCAUGCUUACCUCCUGCAUGCUAGUCUCCAGUCAGCAUCUCAGCCUGCAAACCAGGUGGUACCUCAGUCCAUUGCUGUCUUGGCAUCUUCUGGGAAACCCCCCAGGAGGAAGCAUGGCUCCCACCGAUGCUCAUCUGCACCACUGCCCAGCUGCUCAUCUGCACCGCUGCCCAGUGCCCCUGAGCCGUCAGCAGUCCGGCCUGGUUCCAAGUCGGCAGCCCAGUGGCCUCCAGUUCCUGCAAGAAUCAGCAUCACAGAGAACCUGUCAUGGACAUCACACAUCUCCAACCUGUUUCUCUUCCUUUUCCUCUCUUGCACUCAGGCUUCUCUGUGCUGGACCAUUCGCCAUCCUGGGACCUCUCUCUCCUGGCUUCCUCCAGUCACUGAUCGAGAUCUUCGUCCCCCAGGAGUUUCAGCCUCUCCCCUUCUCUCCCUUGUUUGCAUGUCAUCAUGUCUCUCUCUCCCUCUGUGUGUUUGUUUGUUUCUCCUCCCUGUGUCAAUACUGUUGUCCUCUUCUGUGUCUGUGUGGCCUGUCCUGUCCUCAGGUCUCUGUGGUGGAGAGGAGGUGGUGUGGAUCAGGUCCUACUUAGUGGGCAACACCUGAAGCUGCUCCUCCAUCCUCUUCACUUAUGUUUAACAAUCUACAUUUUGUCAUCAUAAUUGUAUAUACUAUGACUUUCUGUUGUAUUCUGUACACACAACAUCCAUUUCCUGUCUGUCCAUCCUGAGAGAGGGAACUUGCGAUUUGUGAUAUUGAGCUGUAUAAAUAAAACUGACUUGACUUGACUACAGUCCAGGAGUGACAUGUGAAGGUUACACAUGAUUCAUACCCAGGUAGUUACAGUAUAUUAACAUGGUGGAUGGUGGGCACGGUGGUUUUUCAACCUUUGAUUAUUUUUUAAAAUGGGAAUGAUGUUUUUUUUAAAACUAGUAUACAAAAUACUUAAUUAUGGAGCUACAAUGCAAAGUAGCACUGCCAGUCUGCUUCCCUACUUCUAGGACUUGCCAACUCAGUUGUCAACCUACCCCGCCUCAAUUUAAGUAUGCACAAUUUCAUUCAGCUCUACAAUGUAACUGUUCAGCCCAAACACCUGAAAUACUGUAUAUGUAAGUAGUUGGGUAG